UGUGAACGUGUGAUUUGUGUUUGAACUGUAUAACCAGCGCCAUCUAGCGCCACGGAAUGAAGCAUUACACAGCCGAGAGGUCGGAGGAAAAGCAUAAAGCCGAAGAUUACAGAUAUGAAGAUUACAGAUAUGAAGAUUACAGAUAUGAAGGGACUUUAUAAAAGCGGAUCCACACACUCCAGCACAGUAGAGGUCUUACUGUUGGUGCCACCCGCCAUUAAACCGAAGAAGAAGAAGAAAGCACUGACACGAUUGGCUGACGCGUCAUACGUCAUAGCCUCCACGUCAUCCGUCAGCGCGAGCACAGCUGUCAGCGCGAGCACGUGAACGAGUAACAGAAGUUUAUUAUUAGGAAAACACGGAGUUUGACAAAAUCUUGAUAUAGAACUGCGAUUUAGUUAAAAAUAAUAUCGCGAAUAGGGUUAGAAGCGCAUUUCAGCCGAGCUCAGUGGAAACAGGACUGGAAUGAAGAAAUCCCACUAACUAAUAAACUGAUGAUGGAGAAUCCUGAGGAAGAUUUACUGCAACUGCACGACGAUGAAGAAAUCAUCGAGGUUAUCGAGCUCAGCGACACUGAACACACCGCAGAGGAUCUGGCGGAGGAGCUGCAGGAUGUUGAUGUUGCUGGAGAUGAUGAUGAUGAUGAUGAUGAUGAUGAUGAAGAAGAGAUGGAGUCUCAGCAGGACGACAGUGAAAUCACAUUCUCCAAACACACGGGUUCUGUGUUCUGUGUGAGUUUGGACCCGGUGAGCAACACACUCGCAGUCACCGGUGGAGAAGAUGACCGGGCCUUCGUGUGGAGUGUGUGUGACGGAGACACGCUGUUCGAAUGCACUGGGCACAAGGACUCGGUGACGUGUGUGUCGUUCAGCUGGGACUCGCGGCUCGUGGCGUCCGGAGAUAUGAGCGGCCUCGUUAAGGUCUGGAACGUGGAGCAGAAGCAGGAGAUCUGGAGCUUUGAAGUGGGAGACCUGGAGUGGUUGCAGUGGCACUCGUGCGCCCCCGUGCUGCUCGCCGGCUCGGCCGACGGGAACGUGUGGAUGUGGAAGAUCCCGAGCGGAGAGUGCAAGACCUUCCCGGGCCCGAGCUGUCAAUCAACCAGCGGGAAGAUCCUCCCUGACGGGAAGAGAGUGAUGGUGGGAUACGAGGAUGGAAGUUUACGUCUGUGGGACUUGAAACAAGGCAACGCCAUCUGUGUCAUCAAAGGGCCCGACGGGCACCAGGGGCCGCUGACGGCUCUGGCCUGCAAUAAAGAGGGAACGCUGGUUCUGACGGGCUCUGUCGACGGUCAGGCCAAACUCAUCAACACAUCCACAGGAAAGGUGUUAUGUUCAUUUUCCAGUGAAAACACUGAAGCGAAAGACUCGAUGCAGGAGCAGGAUUCCAACUCUGUAGAGUCUGUGGGAUUUUGUAAUGUGUUGCCUCUAGUUGCUGUUGCGUAUCUGGACGGCACACUGGCCAUUUAUGAUAUGAAUUCACAGAGCCUCAGACACCGGUGUAAACAUGAGGUUGGGUUAGUCCACCUGCAGUGGGAAGAGGCGUCUGCUGUGGUCUCCACCUGUAAUCUGGCUGGUGUCGUGACUCUGUGGGACGCUCGGUCGGGAAUCCUGAUGUCGGAGUAUCGUGGACACACUGCUGAGAUCCUCGACUUCGUGCUGAACAGAGAGGCGUCAGUCGCGGUCACUGCCGGAGGAGAUCAUAAAGCCAAAGUCUUCGUCCUGCAGAGACCUGACCGGUAGAGAGAGGGAACCCGACCCCUGACCCCUAACUCGGACCCUGACCCCAAACCCGGACCAGUAGAAUGACAGAACCCGAACCCUGACCCGGACCCCUGACCCGGACCGGUAGAGCGACGGAACCCGAACCCUGACCCCUGACCUGGACCGGUAGAGCGGCCGAACCCUGACCCGGACCCCUGACCCGGACCGGUAGAGCGAUGGAACCCGAAACCUGACCCUGACCCCUGACCGGUAGAGCGGCGGAACCCUGACCCCUGACCCGGACCGGUAGAGCGGAGGAACCCGAACCCUGACUCCUGACCCGGACUGGUAGAGCGGCGGAACCCGAACCCUGACCCUGACCCCUGACCCGGACUGGUAGAGCGGCGGAACCCGAACCCUGACCCUGACCCGGACCGGUAGAGCGGAGGAACCCGAACCCUGACUCCUGACCCGGACUGGUAGAGCGGCGGAACCCGAACCCUGACCCUGACCCCUGACCCGGACUGGUAGAGCGGCGGAACCCGAACCCUGACCCUGACCCGGACUGGUAGAGCGGCAGAACCCGAACCCUGACCCUGACCCCUGACCCGGACUGGUAGAGCGGCGGAACCCGAACCCUGACCCUGACUGGUAGAGUGACGGAACCUGAACACUGACCCUGACCCGGACUGGUAGAGCGGCGGAACCCGAACCCUGACCCUGACCCGGACUGGUAGAGCGGCGGAACCCGAACCCUGACCCUGACCCCUGACCCGGACUGGUAGAGCGGCGGAACCCGAACCCUGACCCUGACUGGUAGAGUGACGGAACCUGAACCCUGACCCGGACUGGUAGAGUGACGGAACCCGAACCCUGACCCUGACCCGGACUGGUAGAGGGGCGGAACCCGGACCCUGACCCCUGACCCGGACUGGUAGAGUGACGGAACCUGAACCCUGACCCGGACUGGUAGAGCGGCGGAACCCGAACCCUGACCCUGACCCCUGACCCGGACUGGUAGAGGGGCGGAACCCGAACCCUGACCCUGACCCCUGACCCGGACUGGUAGAGUGACGGAACCUGACCCCUGACCCGGACUGGUAGAGCGGCGGAACCCGAACCCUGACCCUGACCCCUGACCCGGACUGGUAGAGCGGCGGAACCCGAACCCUGACCCUGACCCCUGACCCGGACUGGUAGAGUGACGGAACCUGACCCCUGACCCGGACUGGUAGAGCGGCGGAACCCGAACCCUGACCCCUGACCCGGACUGGUAGAGGGGCGGAACCCGAACCCUGACCCUGACCCCUGACCCGGACUGGUAGAGCGGCGGAACCCGAACCCUGACCCUGACCCCUGACCCGGACUGGUAGAGCGGCGGAACCCGAACCCUGACCCCUGACCCGGACUGGUAGAGCGGCGGAACCCGAACCCUGACCCUGACCCCUGACCCGGACUGGUAGAGUGACAGACGGUCAUCCUCGCUGGAGCGCUGGAACUGUAGAUGUUCCUCACUGACACACCAUCAUCACCUUUAAACAGAAACUUUAUAGACUUUUACCAGAGCUCUGCUAUUCUGUCUUUAAUGUCUGCGUACUCCUGUUGGACUGUUUGUUAAUAUCUAUAUAAUUGGGACGUACACUAUACAGCCAAAAACUAUUCUAGUGAUUUCUGUGAGAACAAAUAUUAAUGCUGUACCAGACAGUGAUGAUCUAGAGAAGUGUGUUAUGGAGGAUCAUCAUGACUGACCCGAACUCCAUCGUCACCGACGUCCGUGUCUAAAUCUGAUGCUCUUGUGUUUAGCUGAACAUGUUGAUUGUUCUUCCUCACUCAGUAAAGCAUCUCUUUCUGCACGAAACUGCUGCAAUACAGUUAAAAACUUCGCACUGUACGUUCAUUAAUACUAGUCCUCACAGAAAUGACUGCAAUAACCAAACCCAUUAAUUAGAAAGAGAUGUCCACAUUUGUUUAAACACGUGUUGUAUGACAUCAUCAUUAUGGUAAACUGCACAUUUACCCAUGGGCUCAGAUUAAAGCUGCUGUCUGUGUGUGUGUGCUCGUUACGGGUCAGUUUUCCUCUUCUUCUUCAUCACGAGGAUCUGCCUGUAGACGGUCUUGGUAAAAGUUCAUUGCAGACUGGGUUAGCCAUACAUUCUGCUGCAUUUAAUGUCAUGUUGAAACAAAAUGAGUGGCCAACCUCUUUUUCCCCUUUGUAACAAGUAACUUUCUGUGAUUUAACAUGCCAAGACAUGUGAUGAGUCAGAGUGAAUAAACACAAGUGAUGUUUAACCCGC